AUGAACUACGACGCGGCGGAUGAUCGGUGGGCGAAUCCACCGCAACCAGUGGCCGCCGAACAACCGGCCGCCGCUCCGAUGUUCGAUCAUUCGAUGGUCAGCGAGGAGUACGAGCACGAUCGGAAGAAGAAUCCGCCGCCGAAACAGGGCAUCUCGUUCUCGCAAGCACUCAUGGCUUCCGGGCAUGAGAAGUCGGACGGAAAGAUCAAGUUAACCGCCAGCUCGUUCAUGGAGGUCGGAUCGUACGCCGUGUUCUUGAUUGUGCUCGUUUAUGGUGAGUUUUUUCUUCUUCUUCUUCUUCUUCCUACCCCUUAGUGCUUCCCAUUUCAGUGGCUUUUGCCCAGAACAGCAUCCAAUCGUACUACUACACAAAGGUGAUGACGGACCUGUUCGUGUCGAGCACCGGCGCCAGUGGAGCUCCGGCUUUCGGCUCUUGCACUUCGAUGGACAAUAUUUGGGAUGUUAGUCUCAUCCAGCACCCUUUUUUGCCAAAGUACCGUUUUUUUCAGUGGUUCUCGCAGGUGCUCAUCCCCGGAAUCUAUUGGACGGAGAAUUCGAAUUCGACAGACAACGAGAACAUGAUUUACUAUGAGAAUCGUUUGCUCGGCGAGCCCAGGAUACGAAUGUUAAAGGUCCGAAUCAGAACGGAAAUAUCGUGGCCUAGUUUUAGUUUUCUAGGUCACCAACGAUUCGUGUACGGUUAUGAAGAGUUUCCAAAGAGAAAUCAAAGAAUGUUUCGCGAACUACAAGAAAAAGUACGAGGACAAGACGAUCGUUUCCGACGGGAGUGUGGAUGCGUAAGCGGAUUUUCGAGGGGAGAAUUUGAUAGUAUCAGCAACAAGUUUAGGUUCGUUUACCGUACCGCGAAAGAGCUAGAAAACGAGGAUACGGACGGGAAUAUUGCCACGUACGGGGGCGGCGGUUUUGUGCAAAAACUUCCUGUUUCGGGCUCAACGGAGGCUCAAUCGGCGAUUGCCACGUUGAAAGCGAACCGAUGGAUCGACCGCGGAACUCGAGCGAUCAUUGUCGACUUUGCCGUGUACAACGCGAAUAUCAACCUGUUCUGUGUUGUGAAGUUACUCUUCGAGCUGCCAGCCUCUGGCGGAGUGCUCACCAUACCCAAACUGAUGACGUACAACCUGAUUACGUAUCAAGGAUCCACCGGCACCCGGAUGAUAGUGUUCGAGGGCAUCUUCUGCGGAUUCGUGCUCUUCUUUAUCUUCGAGGAGCUUUUCGCUAUAGCCCGUCAACGUCUUCGAUAUCUCGGAGCCUUCUGGAACCUUGUCGACGUCUGUCUGCUCGGCUUCUCCGUCGCCACCAUCAUCCUCUCCAUUCAUCGAACAAAGAUCGCCACAAAUCGAGUGAACUCGGUGAUGGAGAACGGGCUCACGAAUGCUCCGUUCGAUGACGUCACGUCUGCCGAGAACGCCUUCCUCAACAUCAAAUCGUGCGUGGUUUUCAUCGCCUGGGUCAAAGUGUUCAAGUUCAUUUCGGUGAACAAGACCAUGUCGCAACUGUCCUCGACACUCACCCGAUCCGCGAAGGACAUCGGAGGAUUCGCGGUUAUGUUCGCCGUGUUCUUCUUUGCGUUCGCUCAAUUCGGAUACCUCUGCUUCGGAACUCAGAUCGCCGACUACUCGAACCUGUACAACUCGGUGUUCGCCUUACUCCGUCUGAUUCUCGGCGACUUCAACUUCUCGGCUCUCGAGGACUGCAACCGCUUCUUCGGUCCCGCCUUCUUCAUCGCCUACGUCUUCUUCGUCUUCUUUAUUCUUCUCAACAUGUUCCUGGCCAUCAUCAAUGACUCGUACGUUGAAGUGAAAGCGGAGUUGGCUCGCAAGAAAGAUGGAGAGGGCAUUUUGGAUUGGUUUAUGAACGUAAGCUUUCCAGUGCUCUAACUGAACACUUUUCAAUUUCAAUUCAGAAAGUCCGCGGUUUGACAAGGCGCGGAAAGCGUCCGGAUGCUCCGAGCUCCGAGGAUGCCACGUACGAGGACUACAAGAUUAUGCUCUACCGUGCCGGAUACGCCGAGAAGGACAUCAACGAGGCGUUCACGCGGUUCAAUGUGACCGAACUGCGAGAGCACAUUCCGGAAAAGAUGGCCGAGGAUAUUGCCGACGAGGUGGCCAGACAGACGCAGCAGAAGAGGAGCUACAUGGAGAACCACAGAGAUUAUGCGAAGUCGAUUUUCAGCUGGAUCCUUCUAGAUAAUAUAACAUUUUUAGCCUGAAUCGUCGUGUUGAUCAGAUGCAAGAGUCGGUGUUCUCUAUUGUCGAUCGGAUUGAAAGUGUCAACAUGACCCUCCAGAGCAUUGAGAAGCAGCGCGUUGCGAUGCAAGACGGAGGAAACCUCAUGGAUCUCAGUGUAUAAAGGUCAUGGUUUGAAAAACCACUGUGAAAUCUGUUCCAGGCCCUGCUGACGAGCGAAGUUCGAAACCGUGAGAAGACCGCCAGACGUCCGACGAUCACUUCGAUCGGCGAGAAGAAGGAUGAUUAG